UUAUUUUUAAAGUGUAAAUUUGUUUUUACUUUUCAAAGCUAAUUUGGAUUUUGUGGGGAAAAGUUCUGGAAAUUUAUAAAUACUUUUCAAAAAUAUAGAGACAUUUUAGCUGCUCGCAUAGUUAGAAGUUUAUUUUUCAAACAUCUUUUAUUCUGGAAUAAGUUUUAUGGCUCGGUUAAUAUCAACUUUUCUAUUGAACUAAUGAACUAAUUCAGUAUAUUAGUAGAACUUGAUCAGAAACUUUGUUAAAAAAUGAAAGAUAAAAGGGAAAAUCGCAGUAUUCGGAAAAGAUGCUGGUGUAUGACAACGUGGAAUAAACUGUGUUUUAAACUAGAAAAUGUUUUGAACCUUUUUUUUGAAAAACUUGGUUAUAUUGUAUACAAUAAUAAAAACAAGUUCAUUGCCGUUAGCCUUGUUUUAUCAUUAGCAUUAACUACCGGAUUUUUCAACUUUAAAACUGUUCACAGAGUAGAAGAGUUAUAUAUUCCACAAAAAAGUCAAUCUUUAAUUGACUUAAAUAGAGCAAAUAGUCAUUUUAAAUUAAAAGUUGCGACUGAAGAGUUUAUUAUAAAAAAUAAAAUACAAGAGUGGGCUUUUACAAAGGAAAUUUUUGAAGCUGUUUUAGAAGUUCAUGAAGGCGUUAUGUCAAUAGGAGGUUUAGAAAAGAUAUGCAUAAAAAAUUACAAUGGAGUAUGUUUUUCCCAUAAUCCAUUAGAGAUUUUUCAGUUUAAUAAAUCUUUGCUUUUAAAUAUAAAUGAGACCUUAGAUGCUGUUUACAAAAGCAAGAAUUUUUUACUUAGUAAUGGUGCUUUAGCAAGUUCUUCAUUUUCAGACUUUUUUGCAUAUUUUUUUUUUAACCAGACAAUUCGCAAAAUUACAAGAGCGGAAGCUGUUAGAGUAGUGUACUUUGUUAGAUACCCUGAAAGCAGUAAUGAUUAUAUUGAGAAUUCUGCUUGGGAAACAGAAUAUGGAAAGUAUAUAACAAAAAUGCAAAAAAAACUAAGCCAGAGAGGGUUAUUGUUAUUAUAUACAUCAGGAAAAAGUCUUGACGAUAGUGUCUCUGAUUCUUCACUUGGGGAUAUCAAACUCGUGUCUUUAUCAUUUUUUUCAAUGAUUGUGUUUUGCACUUUAACGUUGUCAAAGUUUCGAAACUCAAUAGUUGGACAUUUUUGGAUUGGAAAUUUUGGCGUGUUUACUCUUAUAUUAGGAAUUGGAGCAGCGUUUGGAUUAGUUAUGCUCAUUGGAUUUCCUUAUGUUGCAUUUGUUGGAGUAUUACCCUUUUUGAUUAUUGGAGUUGGAAUUGACAAUAUAUUCAUAAUAUUGGAUUGCUUAGAUCGCCAAGAUCCAAGCCUAAGAGGCUCUCAGCGAGUCUCUAAAACAAUGGGACAAAUAGGAGCGUCUAUAACAAUGACUACGCUCACCGAUCUUGUUGCAUUUGGUAUCUCCAUGGUAACGGAGUUUCCUGCCAUUAAAUACUUUUGCAUGUACGCAGCAUUUAGCAUUACAAUCUGUUUUAUAUUGGUAACCACUUUAUUUUUGGCUGUAUUAACUUAUGAAGUUCAAAGGAUUGAAAACGGUCGUCAGGAUUUCUUAAUUUGUCGUGUAAAAAAAAAUAUUUCAAGAAAUGAGAGUCAGCAGUCCAUUUCAACAAAGUUAAUGGAAAAGAUUGCAAUAAACCUUAUGAAAACAUCUGUUAAAUGGAUUGUAUUUGCUAUUUCAAUUUUGUUAGCCGGGGUUGGUGUAUACGGAUCAUUAAAUAUUGAUCAAAGUUUUGAUAUUCUUGAUCUGGGUUUAAAAGGAUCUCCAUUUGUGGAAUUUUAUAGCUUCAGAAAUAAAGCAUAUCCUAAUGGAUUUGAAAUUAGCGUUAUAUUAGACACACCUGUUAAUUACUCUGAUCAAAAAAUUCAACAGAGUUUUUUAAAUGUUGGACGUAUUUCCAGAAAUAACAAAUAUUUACUCAGUAAAACAAUUAACUGGAUGCACAACUUUUUAAAAUGGUCUAAAGAACUUAAUUAUACUGUUCAUGGAGCAACGUUUUAUUCAUAUUUACAUCUAUUUCUUUUGCAACAUCAAGAGUUUUAUAGAGAUUUACAAUUUAAUACAAAUGGUACAAUUAAAGCAAGUAGAAUGUGGGUAUAUAGUAAUGACAACCCAAAUUCUGUUUUUAGAAAAGAAAUGAUGUUAUUUAUAAGAGAUGAACUUAAAAAAGCUACUAAUUUACCUUUUUAUUCUGCGCAUGUUAUGUUUAUAUACAUCGAACAAUUUGUAAUUGUUUUGCGAGACACCGUUCGGAAUUUGGCAAUAUGCUCUCUAUCCAUUGUUUUUAUUACGUUGCCUUACUUAAAGCAACCUCUUGUUACUUUUUUGGUUUUUUGGAGCUUUAUAUGCCUUGUAUUCGAGCUUUUAGGUUUGAUGUAUGUUUGGGAUGUUUCACUUAAUUCGAUAUCAAUGAUUAUUAUUGUCAUGGCAAUUGGAUUUGCUGUAGAUUAUUCAGCACACGUGGCUCACUCAUUUAUUAUAUCAAAAUGUAACACCCCUGAAACGCGAGUAAUAGAUGCAUUAAAAACAAUGGGAACAAGUGUUUUUAUGGGAGGGGCUAGCACGUUUGUAGGUGUAAUGGCUACAGCGUUUGCAUCUAGUGAAAUUUUUAAAAUAUUUUUCAAAAUGGUGUUUGGGAUUGUAUCGCUAGGUUUAUUACAUGGAUUAAUUUUUUUACCCGUUUUGCUAUCAAUUUUCUGCCGUAAUACCGAAGUUUGUGAAACAAUAUACAACCAACGAGUGGAGGAACAACAUUUUAUUCAGGAACAACAAGUGUUUAGUACAGUUAGCAAUUCUACAAAUAUAAAAAGCUUAGAUGAAAUUGAUAAAAAACAAAACGAAUAAACUUUUAAUUUGAAGCAUAAAAUUGAUAUUUCAAAAUACAUGUUAAGAUAUCUAUUGUCUUUAGUGUGUGUGUGUGUGUGUGCGUGUGUGUGUGUGUUAAGAUGCUUUAAGAAGUAAAAAACUUUAAUACAUAAUUAUAUCACGCAUAACAUAACAAUGGAUAAAUAUGUAGCGUUACAUAAUGACGGGAUUGUGAAAAACUAAAAACCAUCUCUUGACUAUUUUUCCUUGAAUUAUUUUUAUUGUAAACAAACAAUGUAACAACCCUAAUAAAUAUUGGUCUAAAUUGAGAAAAAUUUGUUUUGUUA